AUGACCUCACGUGUCUUGAAUCGUUCCUCAACUGUCGAGAACAGGUUGGAGCAUCUCUCGCUGCAUGACGAUGAGCAUGAACGCGCGACGACCUUGAAGUCUUCGACGACCAAUGGCGCCUCGUCGUCGCUCAACAAGCCUGUACUCACCGGCAAAGUCAGUCUGAGAUGACUUUGGAUCUUGUCCUUUCUUGAUUGCGCCUGACUCCAUUGUGUUCAUCCCAUACAGUUCGUCCCCAUCCGAGCCUCGACGGGCGUACCUGCGAAUGCUUCUUCAUCAUCAAACGUGCUGCACUCGCAACGCGCCCCUUCGCUCAAACUGGCCACAACCACGUCCAACUACACCUCCGCGACCAUCUCGAGUUCCAACAUCUUGUCUGGCUCGAAUACGUCGACGCAGACGAUCCGCACCGCCGGCGUCGCGCCGUCAUCCAACUUGACCAAGAUGCGCGUCGCCAACCCGGCUUCCGCUUCUACGGCCGCAUCAAGCUCCUUCAACGCCGCCGGAAAUGGUCUGCAGUCCAAGUACCAAGGACCUAAAAUGACAUCUGGUGCACCCUCCUCGUCUGCUGCUUCUUCGUCGUCGUCUCGACCCCUGCUCGUCAAGCACAACUCCUUCGCCUCGACCACGGGCUCGGCUUCCGCGGCCUUGUCCCUCAAUGCCCAAGGAAUGCUAACAGGCGACAUCGGCACUUACGAUGGAGGCUUCGAGAAGGACAUUGCCGGUCGAUCCGAGCCCUUGAAACCCGCCAUCGCCAAGAUGUUAGCACUCGACUCCUCCAUCGGGCCCAAUGCUCGCACGCAGACGUUCAGCCUCAACAGUUUCGAGAUCGGUCGACCUUUGGGCAAGGGCAAGUUUGGUCGAGUUUACAUGGCUAGAACCAAGACGGAGCCCAAGUAUAUCGUUGCGAUCAAGUGCUUGAAUAAGGAUGAGUUGGUCAAGGCCAAGGUGGAGAAGCAAGUGAGGAGGGAGAUUGAGAUCCAGAGCAACCUGGCGUGAGUUUACGAUCUCAGGUUCUUUCAGCGAUUGGCUCGCAGCUGAUCGUGUAUUUGAACGUACAGCCACCCUCAUAUUCUUCGCUUGUAUGGGUACUUCGUAAGUCAAAGUGCGCCGGCCUAUUCACGGAAAAGCUAGGGCAUACUGACACCCACGAGCUCUCCCACUUUGCAGCACGAUGAGAAGCGGAUCUUCCUCAUGCUCGAAUUCGCCGGCAAGGGUGAGCUGUACAAGCAGCUGCACCGGUGCGGCAAAUUUAGCGAGAAGCGAAGUAGUCGGGUAAGCUUCAAGUUUCGUCUAGAUGAUUGUAUUUAGAGUUAUAAGCUUACACAAAAUAUUCACUGCGUCUGGUCACAGUACAUCGCCCAAAUGGCCGACGCAUUGGCCUACUGCCAUCGCAAGCACGUCAUCCACCGAGACAUCAAACCGGAGAACUUGCUCUUGGGUGUGCACGGCGAGCUCAAGAUUGGUGACUUCGGGUGGAGCGUACAUGCUCCCGGUAACCGGUCAGUGGUUACUGAACUUGAAUUGCGAUCUAUCACGACCUCUUCACGCAUCCUGACCCUGAGCAUCCCCCUUUUAGACGAACAACACUGUGCGGAACGCUCGACUACCUCCCGCCAGAAAUGAUUGAGAACAAGCCCCAUUCGGAAAAGGUCGAUCUAUGGGCCCUCGGUGUGCUCACGUUCGAGUUCUUGGUUGGUAAACCCCCAUUCGAGGACAUGGAUGGACAUACCGGUGAGUCUAUAGCGGCUCGAGGGGGUUGGCCGAGAGUCCGCCACUGACUUGGAGAUGUUUGGGGCUUCAUCAUUAGCGACGUACAAGCGUAUCGCUCGAGUGGACUUGCAUAUCCCUAGCGACAUCUCUGAACAGGCUGGUGACUUGAUUCGCAAAGUACGAAGAUAGACUAGACUUCAAGCGCUUCGAGCACGAUGGGCUAACACGGAUGAAUUUGCUCCUUCUCAGCUCUUGCGUUAUGAGCCCGAAGAGCGCCUCCCCUUGAGUCAAGUCGCGGUACACCCUUGGAUCCUCAAGUACAAACGCAAGACGUCGGCUGGGGAAGGGACCGCUGCAUGA